UGAUAAUUCUGUUGUGCCACACUAAAUGCCAUAAUCGACCAUCAUUUACAUUGUGUAAAAAACUUUUUCUCUCCCUCUUUCUCUUUCUCACUCCUUUAUUUUUCAUAUAAUAACACUUUUUGAGUUGACCCAUUUUUGAUAGUCUAUAUCCUCAUUGUAAUGGAACAGAAUUCUCAUAUCAUAUCAGAAAAUGUGUUUGGUACGAGCAGAAAGAUUCAGUUCAUCGGUCUGCGUAAUACACCAAGACAUCCUAUGGAGUCCCUCUUGAAUGCUAUUGAAAGCGCAGAAUCGGCUCAUUCGAAUUCAAAUCAUAGCAGUAAUAAUAGCAGUCAUAGGUCAUCAUCUACACAACAGAGAAGAAGUAUGUCGAUCAAAUCACUUUUGGCUGGUGAACCCACCACCACGAGAGAUGUCUACCUUCACCCUCGUCAGUCCGCUACAGCCAUUGCCCAUGAAGUAACCGUUGAAUCUUUACUAACGUCAGAUCCCACCACUACUACCCAUUAUAACAAACGUAGAAGAGAAGAGGAUGAGCAGCGAAUGUUAAGGUUAUCAAAGAAUAUCAAGAAAUCAGCACCUGUUACAACAAAUAAUGCAAUUCGCAAUAAGGAUGAUAAAACCAUCAUCACCUGUUAUCAUGCUUCUGUGGCACAAAAAUCUUACGGUUCUGAAAAGAGAUUUCUAUGUCCACCACCCAAGGUUCAGAUCAAAUCGCCCAGCCACUCUAAAAUAACCAAAGAAGAGCGCUGUGACAGAAUACAGUUAUUGAUGUCUGUCAUCAAAGAAAAUGGAGACAAGGUCAUUCAGCAAGGUAGUCUAUUGGACGAAAAUCAAUCGUGUAGUUUUAAAUAUCUCCAUGUUACUGGUACAGCCAAGGCGAAACAAUUUAAGCUUGCCAUCGAUCUUUUACCCACCCAAAAUGCGAAAGAAGAAACCGAUCCUCAGAAACCACUGGCCACCUUCGUAUCCAAACCUAUCUCCAUCAUUUCAAAACCCUCAAAAAAGGCAGCCAAAACCCGUAAUGUGUCUACAUGUAUCUUGACCACUUCACCUGUGUCUUUAUUCAAUCGAAUCAAUUCACAGACUGUUCGUACCAAGUACAUGACAGCCAGCAACAAUAGGUUGUGUGCCAAAAAUACCACUUGGUCACCCUUUGAUAUCAUCGUUGUCAGCCGACCCGUUGCCACUGCUGCUGCUCCAUCGAGUACAACGGCUCAUCAGAGUAUACGAUCCACACAGCAACCACCAGCCAGUAGUCGUUCUGCUACAGCGUCUCGUCUACAAUUACCGCCUCAUCAACAGCCUUCCAAUAACAAUACCAACGCUAAUAAGGCGCCUGUGCACAUCUCUUAUGGUACAGAAAUUAUUCUAAGAGAAAUACACACAGGUGUUAUGUCACCUCCCCUCAUUAUUCGAAAAGUGGAUAAGGGUCGUAUUGCUCCAUGCGCCUAUGGACCCGUGAGUCAAAUGCAAAAAGUCGCCUUACAAUUAGCUUCUUCCGUCAAUUCACAACCUAUUUAUCUUAGUGCUUCUGGCAGUCAUGCCAUUUUACCGCAACAGCAGCAACAGCAGCAUCUUCAUAGUCAACAAUAUGAGCAAGACAAUCGCACCAAAAACCAAGCCAGUUGCAAUAAUGCCUGGCUUGACUUUUCACCUUCGCGGCUUGUUCAACCAGAACAAAUGAAACUUGAACUAUCUUAUGAAGAAGUGGAUGAUUAUGUAUGCUGGACCAUUGUCGGUAUUAACAAAUUUGAAUAUCAAUUUAUUGAAGAAGAUGGCAAUAUGCUUCACGCAACCACUACCACAACAAUGACUGCUUCUGUUGGCAAUACAACCACCACCACCACCACCACCACCAUAACACCCCCCUCACCACCCCCACUACGAGUCCAUCAAGAAAGCUCAAUGACAACGAGCGUAGACCGCGAAUCAGACUUGUCAUCUUCAAUAUCACCUCUGUCGUCACCUAUUCCUACCACUAGUAUCGCUCCUACUACUACCGUUUCUACUUCCAAAUCAAUGACACACUCUUUACCUCUGUUGGUCACUGACCUUCAAUAUCAAGACAAUCAUACCCUUCAUCUCACCCUUCAUCAUGCCACUCCUCAGUUAGAUAUUUGGUUAGGCUCGCACGGUCCUUUGAAGACUAGAAUACAACAACAUCAGCCAUCCUAUAGAACUGACUUAUCAGUCGAAUUACCAUUGACACAAGAUCUUUUAGUAGCAAAUCAUGAUCUAUUGGUAACGCGUGAAGACGGCCAUCGUAUCUUGGAAUUACCACUUUUGCUUGUACGAUCUCAAGAUGGCACGAUCUAUCCCACUGGAAAAGCUUUAUUAUGUGAUGUGGUAGAUAAUGCUUUUCGCUGGUCGGUAGUUGCAUCCUCCUCUUCUUCUUCUCCUUCAACAUCCUCUUCUGCUGCUUCUUCAUCCUCUUCAUCGUCAUCCAUCACAAGCCCACCUUCUUACUAAUUGCAUCUUUCGAUUUAUCACACAACGAGGAGGAUAGCGACAGUGCACAUUACUCAAACACAUAACACAUAUAUUGUAUCGAUACACCACAUAUCCAUUUAUUUUCUGUUUUUAUGUUUUAAAUUAUACCUUUUGUAAAUAAUAAUAACAUUGACUACUCUCGUUCUAUUAUGAGUGUGUGAAUUUUGGACCCUCGAUGUAAAGUAUGGCAACAUAAAACAUGUACUGUACGCGAGCUGCGAUG